AUGGAACAAUCACAUCUAGCGGCUCUUGAGGAUUUCCUCAAAAAUCAUCCAGGCAUCAAGUGCACUCUACCUUCUUCUCCCCAAUACCUGGCAGACCGAAAGGUGUUUAUUCUGUCCCGCAAGGCCAACCCGCUAGCAAUUGCUCAUCCAGAGACGGCAGAGCAAGUUAGUGUGCUUGUACAAUUUCUGCGUUCAAAUGGGAUAAAAUUCACUGUCCGCGCAGGCGGUCACCACCUUCUAGGUUUUUCAAUAGAAGAGGGUGCCUUGACUAUCGAUAUGCGGGCCUUUGCAUCAGUAGAUAUCGCCGCUAACCGCGAGACUGCGACUGUAGGUGCAGGGAUUUUACAGCACGAGCUUUGCAAUGCCUUGUGGGAUAAAGGGCUUGCAACACCAACAGGUGCCAUUCCCUCUGUGGGCUAUCUGGGUUGGGCAAUGUACGGCGGUUAUGGUCCAUUUUCUUCCCACUGGGGACUGGGCGUUGACCAGAUUGUUGCCGCCACUCUAGUCGAUGCAAGCGGUGCUAUCGUCAGAGCGGAUGAUACCCUUCUAAAGGCUGUACGUGGUGCAGGAGGUGCUUUUGGAAUUAUAAUUGAUGUUUCAAUUAAGGUAUAUCAUUUAAAAAGUCUUCUUACCGGCGCAAUAUUUUAUGAUUCACAAGAAAUCAGUAAAACUUUUAUGGACUACAACGCAAAAUACCAAGAAAUCUCAAAACAUGGUUUGCCUAAGCAGCUUACACUACAGCAAAUGGUGGUUAAUGGACCGCCUGGAAGAGUAUUCUGUGUCAGUUUCAUGUGGAGCUCAGAAUCAAUUGAGGAAGGUUAUCACUGGUGCAACAAGAUUGCUUGCCUGGGUACCGUGAUCAUGAACACAGUGGAGGUUACUACUAUCCCGAAGUGGUAUUCUGGAAAUGCAGCGCUCAUUCCGUCUACUAUGUAUGGCUCAUUCCGCACGCAUAGCGUGAAAGAUAUGACGCAGGAAGUGACGGGAUGUAUCGGUCGCGCCCUGGAGAAAUUACCAGCUGAUCCAGGAACAAUGUUUUCAAUCCAUCAGUUGAGAGAUACUUCUGAAACUCCAGCCAGUGCCUCUGUGUUUUCCACAAGGGAACCUCAUUUUAUGUUGGAAAUUGUGGGAUGUGCAACUACCACAGAAAAAGCAGAGACAUCAGAACAAUGGGCGUUUGAUACGUGGGCUGAGGUUAAAAACACCAAUUCCAGUAAUCUUCUUGAUCAUGUUUACAUAUCCUUAGAUCACGUGGAAUACCCAUGUGAUUUGCAUACGCUUACUAGGUAUUUCGGCGAUUAUGCCCAGGACAUCCUCACGACGAAGAAAGAUUACGAUCCCGAGAAUGUGUUUGGAUUGACGGUUCCUCGCUUGGGCAACUUGUUGUAG